AAGAGAUCCAUUUGAAAUGCGCGGAGGCCUCGUUACUGACAGCUUUCCGUCAUUUCCUUCACCCAAAAAGCACUUUGCUCCAGCUUAGGGCAAAGCCCAUAUUCCCCACCCUUAAACCUCUCCCUUACCCCCCCACUGUUUUUCUCACUCUCUCUCCCUCAACUUCGAUUUGCUGAGUGAUGUUAGACCCCAUGGAGAUGCUCCGAUCGAGCCUGUCUCGGGUUCGAAUUCCAGAGCCCACUAAUCGCAUCUACAAGCAAGAAUGCUGCGUUUCUUUCGAUACGCCGAGGUCUGAAGGUGGAUUAUUCAUUGACAUGAACACGUUUCUUGCAUUUGGGAAGGAGUAUGUGGGUUGGAAUUAUGAGAAAACGGGAAAUCCAGUUUACUUACACAUAAAGCAGACAAAGAAGCUUGUCCCCGAAGAUAGGCCUCUGAAGAAACCUACCCUUUUGGCUAUAGGUGUUGAUGGGGGAUUUGAUAACAAUGAACCUGAAUGUGAUGAAGUGCGCAGUAUAGUCAUAUUGCCUGAUUAUGUAACGCUUCCAUUUCCAUCUGUAGAGUUGCCAGAGAAGGUUAGGUUGACAGUUGAUGCUAUCUUAAUAGCCGAGGGUGCUGAACGGAAGGAGCAAGUUGCUGCAUGGACAGCCGAUAAGAAGCAAAUUAGUGCAUAUGCCAUGAAUUUGUCACAAAUUGACAAUGGUGUUAUUGUUCCUCCAUGUGGGUGGAAAUGCACAAAGUGUGAUAAAACUGAGAAUCUCUGGCUAAAUCUAACUGAUGGAAAGAUCCUUUGUGGGAGGAAGAAUUGGGAUGGAACUGGUGGCAACAACCAUGCCAUUGAACACUACCGAGAGACUGGGUAUCCACUUGCUGUGAAGCUUGGAACAAUAACUGCUGAUCUGGAAGGAGCAGACGUUUUCUCCUAUCCGGAGGAUGACAGUGUUUUGGACCCUCUUUUAGCACAGCAUUUGGCCUUUUUUGGCAUUGAUUUUUCUUCAUUACAAAAGACUGAAAUGACAACUGCAGAAAGGGAGCUUGAUCAGAAUACAAAUUUUGAUUGGAACAGAAUUCAAGAAAGCGGACAGGAGAUGCAGCCAUUAUUUGGACCUGGUUAUACAGGGCUAGUCAAUCUUGGGAACAGUUGUUAUCUGGCUGCAACUAUGCAAGUUGUGUUCUCGACACAUUCCUUCUAUUCACGGUAUUACAUGAGCCAAAGUUUAAAAAUGAGUUUUGAGACUGCUCCUGCUGAUCCAACCGUUGACCUGAAUAUGCAGUUAACAAAACUGGCACAUGGCUUGCUAUCUGGCAAAUAUUCUGUUCCAGCACAAGAGGAAAAUGAUGCUGCUAAUGCUGCAACCACAAUUUCAAGUGCCAAACAGGGAGGGAUCCCACCUCGCAUGUUCAAGGCAGUUAUUGCUGCUAGCCAUCAUGAAUUUUCUACAAUGAGGCAACAGGAUGCCUUAGAAUUCUUUCUACAUUUCAUUGACCAAGUUGAACGAGCUAAUGCUGGGAGAACUGACUUGGACCCUUCAAGGAGUUUCAAGUUUGGUAUUGAAGAGCGCAUUUUGUGUCCAUCUGGGAAGGUUACUUACAAUAAGAGGCUGGAUUACAUUCUUUCACUAAAUAUCCCGCUGCAUGAAGCUAUUAACAGAGAAGAAAUGCAAGCCUUUAACAAAUUGAAGGCGGAAAAGAAAUCAGAGGGGAAGGAAGUAUCUGGUGAUGAGAUUGUACGUCCAAGGGUGCCUCUAGAAGCAUGCCUAGCAAGCUUUUCAGCUCCAGAGGAAGUGCUGGAUUUUUACAGCUCUGCCUUGAAUGCUAAGACUACAGCAGUCAAAACUGCUGGCUUGACUUCAUUCCCUGAUUAUUUGGUGUUGCACAUGCGGAAAUUUGUAAUGGAUGAGGGUUGGGUCCCCAAAAAGCUCGAUGUCUAUGUAGAUGUUCCAGAUGUCAUAGACAUUAGCCAUAUGCGCAGCAAGGGUCUUCAACCAGGGGAAGAGCUGUUACCAGAGGCUGUUGGAGGUGAGGAUUCCAAGAAGCUUCUGCCCAAUGAGGAUAUUGUUUCCCAGCUUGUGUCAAUGGGGUUUAAUUUUCUCCAUUGUCAGAAAGCUGCAAUAAACACCUGUAAUGCUGGGGUGGAAGAGGCAAUGAAUUGGUUACUUGCUCACAUGGAUGAUCCAGACAUAGAUGCUCCUAUUUCACAAGGGGGACAAAGUGGUGCAGUAUUAUAUACUGUUGACCAGUCAAAAGUCGAUACAUUGGUUUCGUUUGGUUUCCAAGAAGAAAUUGCUCAAAGGGCACUGAAGGCAUCAGGUGGUGACAUUGAGAAAGCUACUGAUUGGAUAUUUAAUAAUCCUGAUACUUCUGGUUCACAAGACAUGGACAUUACGUCAAACACGACACCCGCUUCUGUUGAUGCUGGAUUACCUGAUGGAGGGGGGAGAUAUAGGCUGAUUGGAUUCGUGAGCCACAUAGGAACCUCGACACAGUGUGGCCACUAUGUCGCACACAUUUGCAAAGACGGGAGAUGGGUUAUUUUCAAUGAUGAAAAGGUUGGGGCAUCAGUUAAUCCCCCCAAAGACAUGGGUUACUUAUACUUCUUCGAGAGACUCGACAGUUGAUAGGAGACUUUCGCUUGCUCGGAAGGGGAGGGAGGGUAUAACCAAUAUGUAGCUGCACCAUGUGAUUCUGGCAAAGCUGUGGUUCUGGUUUUUCUGUGGCUACAGCCCUUGUCUGGUGGUGUCUUGAACUAUUUGAACAGUUGAUGUAUGGUUUGUUAUUCCCCUGGAAGUGUGGCCCUUCCGGAUCUUCAAUUUAGUUUUAUUUUUUGGCUCCUUGAAAUUUCUUUAAUUUUUUUAAAAAAAAUUAAAUUAAAACAUUCUUGCAUU